AUGAACUUAAUACUUAUUGUGUUCAUCACAAUUAUCAGAGUUACUUGUGGGAUUGCCAUUGAAGAACCGAUCAUCCAAACAGGUGGUGGGUUUUUUUACUACGACGACCCUAUCGAAUUCAAUGGCGUUGUUGCCUUUAAAGACACAAUUGUAUUCGAAAUUCUGGGAGCAACCUUUAAUAACGACUUUUACUACUAUGAUUCUAGAACGCCUUCUGUAUACAACGAGUUUUAUCUGAGUGUAUUUGACCUGAAUACUCAUAUAAUUGCAAAUAAACUGGGGGAUUCUUAUUUUUAUGUAUCUAUGAUUAAUAAGAAUAUAAAUCGUGGAUAUCUCACAUUCCAGAAUUUGCAGCUGCGAUAUUUCCGCAUCCACGCAAACAUGCUGAACGAAGGAGAAAUUUAUUUGAUUGGGAACACUAAUAUAAGUUUAUUUCAAAGUACAGAUUUCACCAAUGAAGGUACAUUUUGUGCAAAGGAUGCACAAAUCAUCAUGCACACAGGGGAUCCAAAGGGGACGGGUUACUAUGUUCUUGAAAACUCCACCUUCAGCUUUCUCGGCGGGGAAUUGAACCCUUCUGUCUGCCUCCCAGGUAAUGAUCAUGACACAUCGUUGUUGUAUUUGCAGCCGCCUAUAGGGGGAAUCAUUAGGAUUGUAAAUUUUGGAUUACUGAAUAUUUUGAAAAUUAGGUCUGAGACGUUUUCCUAUGAUGAGAAUUAUUUGAUAGCUGAGGGGGAUAGAAUAGAUUUCGGUCCAGGAGAAAUACUCGAAGCAGCUGGUGAAUCACAACUAGACCAGCCAAGUGAACCAUCAUCAGGAUCGGAUGAAGAGAAUUCAGAAUCUGACAAUCAAGAAGACAACGGAUCAGGUGGAACUCCAAAUGACCUGGAUGAACCAGAAGAGGAAAAUGGAGCCAAUGUCCUGAACUCGCAGCAAGAAAAUGAGCAACCAGCGUCAGUAGAAUCAGAACCAAAUCAAGUGAAUGAAUUGGAUGGACCAUAUGAAAACAACUCCCUGUCUCAAGAUGGAGCUUCAACUCCUAGUUCUAUUGCAUCUGGAUAUGAUACAGCUACCAGCUCUCAGAAGGCAGGCGAUCAAACUUCAACUCCCGACUCAGGCAAUGCUCAAUCUACCAGUUCGGAAGUAGACAACCCCAAUGACAUAAAACCCGCUGGUCCCUGGCUGGGAGACGUAGAUGCCGACGAUGACCUUAACAAGGAUCCUGCUGAUUCUGUCAUUGAAUCCGGAAUAGAAGCCUCGAAGAUACCAACUAUGGCGACAGAAACAGUAAUGGUUACGAGUAAUUCAGUAGUGGAGAAUGCUAUGGUUGGUGCUCAAAUUGUUCAAAAUGAUGGAUCAGUCGAUGACUCUACGUUGGGAACAGAUAAUGCCCAAAUUAUCGACACUUUUGAAGGUGGUGCUGCCAUUGGGUCGGAGAGAAAUGCUUUAUAUGUGAUAGUGAUGAUCGUGGUUUCUUUGAUUGUCGAUAUUUAA